UUCAGUCAUUUCGAAGUUCACAAGGAGAAAGGAGCGUCCCUCCACGGACGCGCGUGCUGCUGUACUAUUGUCCGGUGCGUGCAGAUGGUUCUCGGGCUUGAUGGCUUCAGGGAAAUGGAAUUUCAAAAUUCCAAGCUCAGUUCGGUGAUUCGGGACUUACUAAAUAAGCGUUCAAUGUAAUAGUUGACACGUCUGCUGCAGACCUCUGACUUCCCAACAACCCGAAGAGGUGCCAAAGAAGUGUGCGGGGACAAACAAGCAGUGCGCGUUUUUCCCUCUGUCUCUCUGAGUCAAGUAUUUGGAUUUGACAAAUCAAAAUAUUUAAGCCAUUUUCAUAGCUGGUUGGUUUUACUUUUAAAUCUUGAGAUUUUAGAUUUUUCUUCUCAAUAAAACACUCUUACUUAGUCACUUACAUGGGAUUACGACCUCUCAAUGAAGUCCGGCAUCAGUUUUAAACAGAUUUUUCUCUUUUAGAAGAACAGGCAGGUGACCGACGAGUUUAAGAUGACAUAUUUGAUUGCUUUUAUUCUGUCAUUAUCAACGGGUCUGUCUGUGGUGAGUGGAAGGCAUCCAACAUGUAACUUCCUCCUGGAGCUUGAAACAGACCAGGAAGAAUGUCUUGUGAAGCUGAGGGACGAAGAAUCUUCAAAUUACUCCAAAGGAGUAGGAUGCAAAGCGAUCUGGGAUAACAUAGCAUGUUGGGACCGUGCAGAGGUUGGAGAGACUGUCACUAGAGAGUGCCCCAGAGUGCUCAAGAUGUUUUUUGGCAGAAAUGGAAACAUAAACAAGAACUGUACAGCGGACGGAUGGUCUGAUGUUUUCCCCAACAUCAGCAGUGUGUGUGGGGCAGAAGAAAAGCAUGAUAAGCUUGUCUUCUUUACCGUGGUGAAGACUCUGUAUACGCUGGGCCACAGUUUGUCUUUGAUCGCCCUCACAACCGGGAGCGCCAUUCUCUGUCUAUUCAGAAAACUCCACUGCACGCGGAACUACAUUCACCUCAACCUGUUCUUUUCCUUCAUCCUGAGAGCGGUGGCAGUCCUUGUGAAGGACGACAUCCUCUUCUCUCGCAAUCAGUGCUCUGAGCAGCCUUCACUGAUUGGAUGCAAGGCGAGCCUGGUGAUUUUUCAAUACUUUAUCAUGGCCAACUUCUUCUGGUUGCUGGUCGAGGGCCUCUACCUCCAUACGCUCCUGAUUGUCAUCUUCUCUGAAAAUAGACACUUCAUUGUUUAUCUUCUCAUCGGCUGGGGAUUCCCAACCGUGUUUGUUUCUGCAUGGGCUAUAACAAGGGUUUAUUUUGAGGAUACUGGAUGCUGGGAACAGAAUGAUAACCCAAUCCCCAAGUGGGUGAUCAAUGUACCCAUAGGCUUCUCCAUCAUGGUGAACUUCCUCCUGUUCAUCAGUAUUAUAAGGAUUCUGGUUCAGAAGCUGAGGUGUCCUGAUGUGGGUGGCAACGACCAGUCACAAUACAGGAGGUUGGCCAAAUCCACUCUCCUGCUGAUCCCCCUGUUUGGCAUCCAUUACGUUGUCUUUGUGUCUCUCAAUGAAUCCAUGGAAAAUUAUAAAAUCUUCUUUGACCUUGCUAUUGGAUCCUUUCAGGGCCUGGUGGUUGCCAUCCUGUACUGUUUCUUAAACAGUGAGGUUCAAGGGGAACUCAAGAGAAAAUGGCGGAGUAUAUGCCUCAACUGCCAUAUGGCCAGAAACUACACCCAGCACAACACCUACGCCUCCAGAAACGGUUCAGAGAACAUGGCUCAGUUCCAACGUAAUUCUCGUGCUCAGUCCUUCCUGCAGUCAGAGACCACUGUAGUGUGAGGGCUGCGUGUUAAAGAGGGAUCGGUCUCCAUUAAAACGCUCUGGGACUCUGGUAUUGGCCUAAAUACACACUACAGCACACACAGCCUACAGUUGUGGGCACUAAAAAGUUAGCUUGGACCACGGUAUUGGCAGAACAAUUGGCACAAUGGCACUCUAGGAUCUUCUAAUGAGUUUGUCGCUAAAACCUGGACCCCGGUACAGGGUUUUAUUUAUUUUUAUUUUUAUGGCAGAUGGCGUAACAGGGUAUUUUUGAACAGAUAUGAAUCAAUUGGGCUAAGCUGCAUUAAUGUCAAUAUUUGUAAUAAUUAGUUUAAGUAAACAUUUUCAUUACUGGAUGCCAAGGAGAAUUGCUCUGCAUGGCUCUUAAAUCUUUAUCUCCCUCUCCCUCUCCCUGUAGUAAAAUGGAUUUCACUCUGUGGUUAACGACCAGAGAUGCCUCUGCCUAUACGCCCACGGUUCCACGGCCACUAAGGUGUCCCCGACCCAAAAAGGAAAAAAACGUAGGAACUCAGUCGGGGUUUCAACUUGCUGUUGAGAGUUACAAAGUAGAAUACACAAGUUGCAAUUUAGAAAUAUGGUCAUGCAUUGCAGUUUGCCACUUGUCAUGUCAGUCACUGACAGUCACUCAAUUAGCCCAGCUAUGUCAGCUCAAUUCUUUAGAUAGCUGGGUAGACUACCUUUCUCAGCAAUCUAAACCCUGUAGUAAUCCUCACCAAAUGACAUUUGAUUUUGUAAGUCACUCUCACUCAUAUCAUAUGAACAUGACAUAAAUCAUGGCAAAAUGUGUAGAAUUGCAAGAAAUUAGCUUUAAAACUGUAAAAUGUUCUCUUCACCUCAGAUAAUGUUGUAGUUUAAAAUAUAUAUAUUUCAUGCAAUUCUACUCCUUUUGCUAUGGGGCAGAGAUAAUUGUUCAGGUUCAUAGGUAAUAUCCUUCAAUUCUACACGUUUAGUCAUAGGGUGGACUGAAUUGUUUGCAGUUUUUAAUAGGAUAUCCGAGUGAGAGUGACUAACAAAAUCAAUGGGUCCCCCAUGUUCGGUAAUUCAACCAUGAUUACGACAAGUUUAGAUCGCUGGCUCGACUAGUUUACCAAUCUAAAAAACUUUAGCUGACGUGGGAUAAUUGAGUGACUAAGAGACAAACUGCUGAUGCACAACCACAUUUUUUAAAUUGCACCUUGUGUAUUCUGCUAUUCUAACUCUCAACAGUAGGUUUGAGUUCCUUCAUUUUUUUAAUGCUAUAUUAGCCGAGCUGACUGUGGUUCUAGUAAAUCCAAUGCAAUGUUGUCAAAACAUGAUUACAAUGAAACUAGGAUUGUCAGGGCAAGGAUGUGUUUUAGUUCUACUACAUGUGUACAUUUUACAUGUUGCUUUGGGUUGCCAUCGAAAGGAUUAUAAAAUAAGAUUGUUUUUUUGUUAACACAGGUUUUCUGCAUCAGUUGUCUAAGAACCGUAAGAGUAGGGCUUAGAGGAGGUGAACGACCAUUGUGUACAUAAGAGUAUCUUGACCUACUGCAAAGUACUGGUAUGUCAUGUUUGCUGAGUUAUUACUCAGAAUUAUUUUCUGCAAAGACCACGAAUGUUAUACCACAUGAUUGUGGUGUAGUGUUGCAUCAAGUGUUGCAUCAUGUGAAUGUAAUUUCCCUCUGUCUUUUACAGUAUGCUAUGUUUGUUUGUUUUUUUCAUUCGUCAAGGCAAUCAACCAAAGCCUUCUCUGAUGUAAGUUAUACAGCUAUGUUGUCCAUGUAAAUGUUAACUCGAGGUAUGAGUUCUGUGGUAGAUAACUUAAAUGCUCCAGUCUGGGAUGCUAUACACACAUCCACCCAGCGUACCAGACCGUGAUUUCAGGUGCUUGGUGUAGAUAUGAAAGAAAGACAGGAAAUGAAUGCUGAUUAGCUUGGCUUUUUCCUCAGAAGUGUUUUCACUGAGAAGGUGACAAUGUUUAGACUUGAGGUCAUAUAAGAACAAAACCUUGGCUCCAACAUUGAAAUCUUUUGUGUUUAGUAAAAAAUGAUUCCCAAAGGUUAUAUCUACUGUAAGGUUAUUCCCUGAUCACCUAAGAUAUUUCAGACGACCUCGUGUAUUUGCCAUGUAAAAUACUGCCAGGAUUGUGUGUUUUUUUUGGGCAUGUUUGUCAUUGAUGUACAGUAGUCAAUCAAAAUGUUAAGUGCCUAAUAUUUGCUAUUUAAUCGUAAUUAUUUAUUCCACAUCCUAUUGCUAUGUCUGCUUCCCAAAUGGCACACUAUUCCCUACAUAGUGCAACAGGUUUGACCAGCUCUGUUCAAAAGUAGUGCACAAAAUAGGAAUAGGGUAUAAUUUAGGGCGCACCCUAUGUGUAUAUUAAAUGCCAUAGCUUUGAUGAACAUUAGUGAUGUAUCCUUGUCUUGAUUAGCCUGAAUGUUUGUCUGUUUGUGUUUUCAUGUCAACAACUUGUCACUCAUUGUCAGGCUAAGUGCCAUACGCAUUGUCGUUGGUUUAACAUAGACAGCCAUGGAGUUGGCAAGAGCACAAACAGAUUUGGGACUAGGCUACAAGGCUGUAUGUCCUUAUGAGAACAAAAUGUUUGCCUUCAUGGUCAAAUAUAUCUUUCCAUUAGCUGCAUUCUCACCGCUAUACCCUCCCACCACAGGGAGCCAUUUUAUAAGGUUGCAUAACAAACAUUUUUAUAUAUUAGCAACAUGCUAUUGAAUGAUGCUUUGUUUUAAUGUCUGGGUACAUGUAUGUCAUGAGAUUAUGAUGAGUAAACAAUACAGCACCUU